UUCCGGUGGCUCGUCGCGCUCGCUCACUCCAGCUGCAGCCACUCUUGCCCGUGGCUGCUUCCUCCAUCCUGGUAUUUUUUGGAGCCUCCAUCCUGGUUCUUCCAAAGUGCCCGGACCCAAAACAGGAAAGUGUUGCAGAGGUAGGAAUAUGGGCGAGAAGCAAUCUGGAUAACAUGAAAGUGAUGCUGGUGUCUAAGGGAAGGCGACUUGAUUCUGUGGGAAGGGCUAUACCUGAUCCAUCUAUUUUCUAGAUUUGAGUAUGAGCACAGUUGAAGAGGAUUCUGACACAGUAACAGUAGAAACUGUGAACUCUGUGACUUUGACUCAGGACACAGACGGGAACCUCAUUCUUCAUUGCCCUCAGAAUGAAGCUGAUGAAAUAGACUCAGAAGAUAGUACUGAACCUCCACAUAAAAGGCUUUGUCUGUCUUCUGAGGAUGAUCAGAGUAUUGAUGAUUCUACUCCUUGCAUAUCAGUUGUUGCACUUCCACGUAAGUCACCAUGUACGAAGAACGCAGUUCCCUUUUGAAAUCUGAUUUUAGCUUGUGCGAGAUCAAGUUGGCAUUUCAAGGUAGACUUAGAUCCAUUAUUUUUCUCUUCAUUUAGUCAAAAAGUCUCUUUUUACUAAUACUUAAUGAGUGGGCAUGGCUCUAAAUGAUUUUGCAUAUGUUGCCUAUUUGAAUUUUUUCAGCCUUUUUCAUUGACAAUUAUCACCCACUCCACCCCAAGCUUUUUUAGACAUUUUCUCCUGGUCAUGCUCUCCCCAGUGAAAUUGUAAUACCACAGAUACACUGGUGUGUGUGUGUGUGUGUGUGUUUUAAUGUACUGUAUGUAUGUAGCGUUUUAAUAACAAAGAGGAUACUUUUUUUCCACCCACACCCCUCCUAGAUGCAAGCAUAUUUUGCCCUCAUUGAGAAAGCAUGCUGUAGAGUAGGUAUUAUGAUCCCUGUCUCAUAAAUUUUUUAGGAAAACUAAGGCACGGAGAGAUACAAUAACUUGCCUAAAGUCAUACCCAAGCAUUCUGGUCUUUGAGAACUUUGAUUUUGCACUCAGCAUCAAGCGCAAUCACAUCUUCAUCCAGUUGGAAAAAACUAAGAUUAGGUUUUCAUCAUGGCAGACUUUGUCUUCACACAUAGAUGUGUACUCUUUAUUUAGAGUUUAUUGUUUAUCCAAUUGAACAGAAACCAUUUUCAGUUUACUGUGAGACUUUAUGGAAAGACAGUAUUAAUGUUAAGAUUGCUAAUAUUGCUUCCAGUGACGUAGACAGACAUAUGUAUUUCCAAUUAAAUGAUCUUUACUCCUAGUGAUGAUUCAUAUGAUUUUUUUAAAACUCCUCUAAUUUGACCAUCAUUAGGUUGUGAUUCAGCCAUGAUUGGCAUGUCUAUACAGAUACAAUCCUAUAUGGACAUUUUCCAAGCUAGAAUUUUUUGAAUUCAGAUAUAAUUAACAUGUAACAUAUUAGUCUCAGGUGCACAACAUGAUAAUUUGGUAUCUGUAUAUGUUGUGGAAUGAACGUAAUAAGUCUGGUUAACAUCUGCCACCACACAUAGUUAACACUUUUUUCCUUGUGAUGAAAAGUUUCAAGAUAAGUUCUCUUAACAUUUUCCAAGAAUACCAUAGAGUAUUCUUAACUAUAGUCCCCAUGCUGUACAUUAUGUCCCCAAGACAUAAAAUAAGAUGAAAAUAUUUUAUUAAGCCAGAAUUUUUGAGGGAUUAUUUUGACAUAAAUUAAGACUGGUUAAUUCAUUUGGGUAAAGUUGAGUACCUUGAUCAUGACUGUAGGUUCAAAGUCCAUUUGCUAUUAUAUUCUGUGUACGGUGUCACACUGAACCCUUCACACCCUCUUUCACUUAACUGGGUAUGAUAAUGUGGACGUACUGACCUGAGCUACUUGCUGUGGGGUCACAGCAUCAUCACAUAUGGAGAAUGUUCUAGAGCCUAAUAUUUACAGUAGUACUAAAUUUGUGAAAAGUGGGCUUGAAGUAUUGUUCCCUAGAUUUGUAAAAAGCAUGUUGAUAAAAUCAACGUAGGAAAACUUCUCCAUUAAAAAGUCACGUAAAAAAAUGAAGUCCUGUAUCAUCACCAUCAUCUGGGACUGACUGAAUGGGCAAGUCGUUGUUUGCUGGACUUGAUGGAGUUUCAGAAAAUGAUCAGAGCUUUGAGGUGACCAUGACUGCAACCACAGAGGUGGCAGAUGAUGAGAUUACUGAGGGAACUGUGACACAGAUCCAGAUUCUACAGAAUGAGCAACUAGAUGAAAUAUCUCCCUUGGGUAAUGAGGAAGUUUCAGCAGUUAGCCAAGCAUGGUUUACAACUAAAGAAGAUAAAGAUUCUCUGACUAACAAAGGACAUAAAUGGAAACAGGGGAUGUGGUCUAAGGAGGAAAUUGAUAUUUUGAUGAACAAUAUUGAACGCUAUCUAAAGGCACGCGGAAUAAAAGAUGCUACAGAAAUCAUCUUUGAGAUGUCAAAAGACGAAAGAAAAGAUUUCUACAGGACUAUAGCAUGGGGUCUGAACCGGCCUUUGUUUGCAGUUUAUAGAAGAGUGCUUCGCAUGUAUGAUGACAGAAACCAUGUGGGAAAAUAUACACCUGAAGAAAUUGAAAAGCUCAAGGAGCUCCGGAUAAAGCAUGGCAAUGACUGGGCAACAAUAGGGGCGGCGCUAGGAAGAAGCGCGUCUUCCGUCAAAGAUCGGUGCCGACUGAUGAAGGAUACUUGCAACACAGGGAAGUGGACAGAAGAAGAGGAAAAGAGACUUGCAGAGGUGGUUCAUGAAUUGACAAGCACUGAGCCCGGUGACAUAGUGACACAGGGCGUGUCUUGGGCAGCUGUGGCAGAACGAGUGGGGACCCGCUCAGAAAAGCAGUGUCGCUCUAAAUGGCUCAACUACCUGAACUGGAAACAAAGUGGAGGUACUGAAUGGACCAAGGAAGAUGAAAUCAAUCUCAUCCUCAGGAUAGCAGAGCUUGAUGUAGCUGAUGAAAAUGACAUAAACUGGGAUCUGUUAGCAGAGGGAUGGAGCAGUGUCCGUUCACCACAGUGGCUUCGAAGUAAAUGGUGGACCAUCAAAAGGCAAAUUGCAAAUCAUAAGGAUGUUUCGUUUCCUGUCUUAAUAAAAGGUCUUAAACAGUUACAUGAGAACCAAAAAAACAACCCAACGCUUUUGGAGAGUAAAUCAGGAUCUGGAGUUCCAAACAGUAAUUCCAAUUCCAGUGUACAGCAUGUCCAGAUCAGAGUCGCCCGCUUGGAAGACAGCACAGCCAUGUCUCCAAGCCCCGUGGCAGCCUUGCAGAUUCCGGUCCAGAUCACCCAUGUCUCUUCAACGGAGUCCCCUGCCACUACUGUUGACUCGGAAACAAUAACACUAAACAGUGGAACGCUACAGACAUUUGAGAUUCUUCCAUCUUUCCAUUUACAGCCCACUGGCACUCCAGGCACAUACCUACUUCAGACAAGCUCAAGCCAAGGCCUUCCCCUGACUCUGACGGCUAGUCCCACAGUAACCCUGACAGCUGCUGCUCCUGCUUCUCCUGAACAGAUUAUUGUCCAUGCUCUAUCCCCAGAACAUUUGUUGAACACAAGUGACAAUGUCACAGUACAGUGUCACACACCAAGAGUCAUCAUCCAGACUGUUGCCACAGAGGACAUCACUUCUUCCAUGUCCCAAGCAGAACUGACGGUAGAUAGUGAUAUUCACUCAUCUGAUUUUCCUGAGCCUCCAGAUGCCCUAGAAGCAGACACUUUCCCCGAUGAAAUUCAUCAGCCUAAGAUAACUGUAGAGCCAUCAUUUAAUGAUGCUCAUGUGUCCAAAUUCAGUAACCAAAAUAGCACAGAACUGAUGGAUAGUGUUAUGGUCAGAACAGAAGAAAUCUCUGACACCGACCUUAAACAAGAGGAGUCGUCUUCUCCUUUAGCCCGUGCUUACGUUACUGAGGACCUCGAGUCUCCUACCAUAGAAGAACAAGUUGAUCAGACAACCAUUGACGAUGAAACAAUACUUAUUGUUCCUUCACCACAUGGCUUUAUCCAGGCAUCUGACGUUAUCGAUACCGAAUCGGUCUUGCCUUUGACGACGCUAACAGAUCCAAUACUCCAACAUCAUCGAGAAGAAUCAAAUAUCAUUGGAUCAUCUUUGGGCAGUCCUGUUUCAGAAGACUCAAAGGAUGUUGAAGAUUUGGUCAACUGUCAUUAGGUAAUUCUUAAAAGACAGGUACCUCAGGCAAAGAAGCCACACUGUUAAUUACAUCUCCAAAGAAAUAGGAGCAACUCCCAAGAGGCUGAAUUUGCCAUUCCUAUGGCUUUUAAAUAGCUACAGUGCUGAAGCCACAUACAGUGUUGCUGCUAUGACUUUUUACCUCCUUUAAAUGGAUCAUCUGAGGUCUAGUCUUAUGACAGUGUGUAGGUGACUCGAGUAUGGAGGACUUAACUGCAUAGAUCCCUGUGAUUAGUGUUAAUUGACAGCAGGGAAUUUCAUUCAGCUACUGAAAAAAAGUUUACAAUCACCAAAGCUUAACUACUCUGUUUUAAAAGCAGUGAUAUUCAUCUCUGAAGAUCAGACAUGGCUCUAUCCAUUCUCAAGCAGGCCUUUUCAUAUUUCAGAGAAGUCCUGUCAACAUGGUGUGUGGAGCUUAUCAGCGACCCUCAAAAAUGUUAAGUAUCCUUAGUCUGAAAGUUAACCAGCAUACACACACACACACAGAGACCUAAGAGACGAUUGUGUGGCGGUUGCUUUUGGUUUACCCAUUGCUGGCAGUGGGAGCUGAUUUAGGCUGGGUACACAGAAAAGCAUUAAAAGAAUUAAAAUUCACUACAGGUUUUUUACUACUUUUAAAGGGAAUAUGGAAGAGAGUAGCAACACAGCUCACCAGAAGCUAAGCAGACUUUUCACCCCUUCGGAACCCCCCGUUGUUGGUUUACAAAGUUAGCACUUUGAAGUAAAAUUAAACGAAAUGACAAAGGAAGGAAAGUUGCCUACCCCAUACCAGGCGUGUUUCUUACGCGUUUUGCUAUACAGAUGACCCAGGAAAUAGUUGAGGAAGGUAUUGCAGUCUGCCCUUCACUUUAGUGCAUUAGCUGGUGGGGUGCCACUUAACUUCUCCCUCUCAGGCAGUUUAAAAACACAAAAUUUGCUUCUGUUAGCAAAGGAAAGAAAUCAAGAGUCAUUCCUGUAUUAGAGAAGGUUAAACCAAAAUUAGCCUCUAGGAUUUUAAUGAACAUGACCCCAACAGAAAAGCCACACACACACACAAAAACAAAACAAAAAAAAAACUUGUAUAAAUUAUUUUAUUUAUUACUGUAAUUAGAUCUUCACAAUCAAAGUUGUCUUUUCACCGUCUGUGUUUUGUUAAUGUGAAAUUUAAUUGUAGUUAUAAGCAAAAGUUGGUUGCCUAGGGAACAAUAAUUGUAUAUUCAGUUUAACAGAAAUAAAAGAAUAUUUGUCUUAAAA